CGCGACAGAGAGACAUUUGCUCUGAUCUAUGGAUACACGGAGGGGACUUUUGAAAUAGCCUGGAUUAAAAUACAAAGUCAACAAUCACUCUUCUAUUUGAUCAUCGUUUCUGUGGAUGCGAUAUAAGGAACACUCGUGUCUGGUGUAUUAUCCGUUGGCUAUGGCAUUGGGAGGAUUCCUUCAACCUAAAUACUUAAGAUGGCGUUUGUGUUGUGGACUGCGGUGGCAAGUACUGAUUUUCCUCCUGUAUUUCAGUCAUAUUGUCAGUGGUCAAAUCCGCUAUUCCAUUCCGGAGGAGAUGAAGAAAGGUUCUCUUAUCGGUAACGUAGCUCAAGACCUGGGGUUAGAUCUGAAAAGGCUCCGAGCGGGCCGUGCCCGUAUCGUGACGGGAGAAAGCAUUCAGUACACAGAGCUGAAGACAGACAAAGGGAUUCUAGUCGUGAGUGAGAGAAUAGACCGAGAGCAGCUUUGUGGUGACGUGACACCAUGUAGCUUCAACUUCGAAAUUAUACUGGAAACGCCAAUGGAGCUACACCGCGUGACUGUGGAAAUUUUGGAUGUAAAUGAUCAUGCCCCUAUUUUUCCGAAUAAUCACAUCAAAUUUGAAAUCAGUGAAUCCGCCACUCUGGGAUCUCGUUUUGUGUUGGAGAGUGCUGAGGAUCAUGACGUAGGAGUUAACGGUCUACAGAAUUAUGUUUUAACCACGAAUGACAAUUUUAUUCUGAAACAGCAUGCGAAUCCUGAUGGUAGAAGGUUUGCCGAAAUGAUUUUACAGAAACCGUUAGAUAGAGAGGAGCAUCCUCGUCUCUCUCUAAAGCUAAUCGCUGAAGACGGUGGAAAUCCGCAGAGAUCUGGCACAGUAAAUAUAGAGAUCACUGUCCUAGAUGUCAAUGACAAUGCGCCUGUGUUUAACCAGUCAGUGUACAGGGCUACUGUGAUGGAAAACGCACAGAAAGGCACCUUUAUCACAACCUUAAAUGCCAGCGAUGCAGACAGUGGUUCGAAUGGGUUAGUUACUUAUUCAUUUUCUAACUUAAAGGGGAACUUAGCAGAUAUAUUUGAAAUUGACAGGACAACUGGCAAAAUAUCUGUAGCUGGACAAAUAGAUUUUGAAAAAGACAAGAAAUAUGAAAUUAGAGUUGAGGCUAAAGACCAAGGUGGUUUAACAGACCUCGGUAAAGUUGUCAUAGAAAUAGUUGACAUAAAUGACAACGCACCUGUUAUAAACGUCAUGUCUUUCUCCAGCCCUGUGUCUGAAGAUUCUCCUUUGGGAACAACCAUUGCGAUAAUCAAUGUCAAAGACGUCGAUUCUGAGAGGAAUGGUCAGGUUACAUGCUCUAUAGAUACGAACCUCCCAUUUAAGAUCAAAUUAUCUAUGACAAAUUAUUACAAUUUGAUCACUGAUUUAACUUUUGACCGGGAAACGACACCGGAAUACAACAUCACCAUAACAGCGACAGAUUCUGGUUCGCCUCCACUCUCUAGCACCAGGACAUUACACCUUAGAAUCUCUGACGUAAAUGACAAUGCUCCAUUGUUUCAUCAGGGCUCAUACUCGACUUACGUCACAGAGAAUAACUCUCCUGGAAUGUCCAUAUUUACUGUCAGCGCGCGGGACUCUGACUGGAAUCAGAACGCUAGAAUCUCGUACCUCUUGGAGGACACGCAGAUCAGUGGAACUCCAGUCUCUACUUAUAUAUCUAUUAACUCUGAAACUGGAGUUUUACAUGCGGUUCGUUCCUUUGAUUAUGAACAUAUCAAACAGCUUACAGUCAUGGUUAAGGCGCAAGACGGAGGCUCUCCUCCCCUCAGUGGUAAUGUGAGUGUCAACAUCUUCAUACAAGAUCAGAACGACAACGCGCCUCAGGUUCUGUACCCAGUACAGACUAGCAGCUCUCUAGUGGCUGAAAUGGUGCCUCGUUCAGCAGAUGUGGGCUAUCUUGUCACUAAAGUGGUGGCUGUUGAUGUGGACUCUGGACAGAAUGCCUGGCUCUCGUAUAAACUGCAGAAAGCGACAGACAGGGCGCUGUUUGAAGUGGGCUUACAGAAUGGAGAAAUAAGAACUGUACGCCAAGUCACUGAUAAAGAUGCUGUGAAACAAAGGCUCACUGUUGUAGUGGAGGACAAUGGGCAGCCCUCUCGUUCAGCUACAGUCAAUGUUAACGUGGCGGUGGCAGACAGCUUCCCUGAAGUGCUCUCGGAGUUCACUGACUUUACGCACGACAAGGAGUACAAUGACAACCUGACUUUUUACUUAGUCUUGGCUUUAGCUGUUGUCUCAUUUCUGUUCAUCACAUGUUUAGUGGUUAUUAUAUCAGUGAAAAUAUACAGAUGGAGACAGUCUCGCGUCCUCUAUCAUUCCAAUCUCCCGGUUAUUCCGUAUUAUCCACCGCGUUACGCAGACACUUUGGGGACAGGAACUCUACAGCACGUGUACAAUUACGAGGUGUGCAGGACGACUGACUCCAGAAAGAGUGACUGUAAGUUCGUCAGACCCUGUAGUCAGAACGUACUGAUAAUGGACCCCAGUUCUACAGGGACGAUGCAGCGGAUGCAGAGUGAACAGAACAUCCUGGAUGAACCAGACUCCCCACUAGAGGUGAGUGUGUUUGAGUUUAAACAUUAA